AUGGUUCGAAGUUCGCUCUCUCGCGUCGCCUCACCGACCGACUCCAUCUCCAUACCUCAGGUUCAGUCCCGGGCCUUUGAAGCAGAUGCCAGCCGAAAUCAGGAUGAGAAUGGUACCAAUGGUGUCGAUGAGGAUGAAAAAGCACGGAUAGAACGCUUGGGUCGAGAGAGGCCGCCAAAGUUCAAAUCCUUGACGGCUGAAAUCUGCUUCUGUUACUCUCUCCUCGCUUCUAUGAUCACGGUGGAGUACUUCGUCAGCGGCUUCAGUGUCCUUCUACCAACCAUAGUCGAGAGGCUCGAUAUACCUCAGGCAUCCCAAGUCUGGCCAUCAAGUGCUUUCUCGCUCGUCACAGCAGCCUUCCUCCUGCCGUUCGGUCGACUUGGUGAUAUGUACGGGGGCUAUCCGAUGUAUCUUGGUGGUCUGGCUUGGUUCUGUGUCUGGUCUCUGAUCGCCGGCUUUUCCCACAAUCAGCUCAUGUUCGACUUCUGCCGAGCCCUGCAGGGUUUGGGCUGUGCCGCUUUUCUACCGGCUGGAGUUAUGCUCAUGGGGGCGAUAUACAGGCCUGGUCCGAGGAAGAAUCUGGUCUUCAGUCUAUACGGAGCCGCAGCACCACUGGGCUUCUUCAUUGGUGUCUUUUUCGCUGGCCUGACUGGGCAGUACCUGAGGUUUGGAUGGUACUUCUGGAUUGGUGCUAUACUAGUCUUGUCGACCAUUCUAGCUGCCUUUUGGACUGUGCCCAAUGACGCGGAAGAGAGAAAAGCAUUGGGCUUAAAGAUGGAUUGGAUGGGAUCUAUCCUGAUUGUGUCCGGCCUAGUGCUCGUGGUUUACGCCAUCACUGACAGCUCGCACGCGCCACAAGGAUGGAGGACACCCUACAUCUACAUCACUCUAAUUGUUGGCUCGCUCCUACUUAUGGGUGCCGUCUACGUCGAAGGGUGGGUGGCUACGGCUCCGUUACUGCCCCCCACUCUCUUCGAUAUUCCCUACAUCAAACCGCUAUUCCUGUCCCUGUUCCUCUCGUACGGCGUGUUCGGGGUAUUCCUUCUCUACGGAACUUUCUACAUGCAGGACAUAAUGGGAGGCUCGCCCCUGCAACUUGUGGCUUGGUUCGCACCAAUGGGUCUAGGAGGUUGCAUCAUCGCUAUUACUGGUGGCUACGUUCUUCAUCUGCUUUCUGGCACGGUGUUGCUCAUAAUAAGUGCCUUUGGCUGGAUCAUCACGUCUUUACUUUUUGCCUUGGCUCCCACAGGAGCCAAUUACUGGGCCUACGUUUUCCCCGCUAUGAUUGGCGCCACUGUCGGAAUUGACAUCAGUUACAACGUGGCCAACGUGUUCAUCACCACAAGUCUUCUAACAAGCCAGCAAGGACUCGCUGGAGCAUUGCUCAACAGUUUGCUCUUCCUUGGAAUCGCUUUUGUACUCUCCUUCGCAGACGUAACGCAUUUUGAAACAGCCCAUUUGGGCCUGAAGGAGAGUUAUCAGGCUGUGUUCUGGUAUCAGCUCGCUGUUCAGUUGGCAGCGCUCGCCAUAAUGAUUGCCUUCGUGCGGAUACGCAAGGCUGAGAGCGACUUGACAGCGGAUGAGAAGUUGGCACGUGGGAAAGAGAUGGCGGAGGAUCUAGAAUCUCCCAAGGGAUAA